UUGACCCGGAAGUUCAGUUGUUAUACUUGAUGCUUACGGAAUGGACUCCAGCUUAAUGCAGGUGACUCCUGGCGUGGUCUCUGCUCCACUGGCCCCGGAGAUAGUCGCCUUCCUGCAGCAACACCCAGCGCUGCAGCCCGAUAGCAACAACCGGGUGAAAUGUUCUCUGACUGGGCAUGAGUUGCCAUGCCGACUGGCAGAUCUGCAGACCUACACCAAAGGCAAGAAAUACCAACGUCUGGCAAUGAAGGAGCCAUUUAAUUUCCGUCAAUUUGAGCCACACAUUGUCCCCAGCACUAAAAAUCUGCACCAGCUGUUCUGCACAUUAACAAUUCGCCACAUUAACAAGAUUCCACAGCAUGUUCUUCGCCAUGUGAAUGGGAAGCGCUACCAGAAAGCACUGAAGAAAUUUAAUGAGUGUGCUGCCCUCGGGGUGCCCUUUGUUCCAGCCUGUCUGUCUCAGAAGAGAAAGCGGGAUCGAGAAUCCGACAGGUUGGAAUCUCGUCACAAUCGGAAGGAGUUCUGGGAGCCAGACAAGAGUGAAGGAAGUGAAAGUGAUGAUUCAAGUGACAGUAUGAGUGAUUUGUACCCAGAACACCUCUUUAGCAGAAAAGAUGACACAAAGGAAGAGGUGCUCCCAAACGAGGAGCACAGCGAUGGUGAGAAAAUGGAGGUUGACAUAGACUUGCCAAGGAAACGGAAAAAGCCACAAGCACAACCAAACAUGAAGAAAUUGAAGAAAGGAGCCUCUCAAAGACCCAACAGUCACAGCAAGUCUAAAACAAAAUUGAAAGCUGGAAGUCAGAACUAACCCUGGGAAAAGCUCAGCCCUCCCCUUCAGUGGUCUAGUGCAAUGUGCUGAGUAUUAACUGUACAGUUUCAAUUUGUAUUUGUGUAGGAAGUAAAGCAUACAUGAAAGUGAA